CCUUUCAUCUGGUGGGCGGGACCUCUGGUGAGGUUUUUCCAAGGUCUCAGUACUUCGGAAUGAAAAUAGUACUGCCUGUUGUGGCGAUUGCAGAUCUGGCAGCAGCUUGGCUGGGGCCGAGUGCACGGGGACUCGCUCGUUUGUGCAGUUACCCCUCGCUCUUUCCCGGAGCGCCUCCCGGUGGCCCUGGGGUCCUAAACGCCCACGUGUCUGUCCGCAGCUCUGGAGAGAGCCAUGGAGGUGCCGCCGCCGGCCCCACGGAGCUUUCUCCGCGGGGCUCUGGAUCCUUUCCCACGAGUGUUUGCUGCCGAAAGUAUGGCUGCUGACUCGGAGGCCCUUGCGGGGGAUCGGAAGCUGCCUCUCUACGUUCCGGAACCCUAUUACGCGGAAUCUGGAUGGGAUCGCCUCCGGGAGCUGUUUGUCAAAGAUAAACACGAGAGAUGGUCAAAGGAACUUCAAGAUAUCUUAAAGGCAUCAGUUUCAGCAGGCAUCCUUGGCUGGGCAUAUGGGGGAAUACCAGCUUUUGUUCAUGCUAAACAACGCUACAUUGAGCAGAGCCAAGCAGAGAUUUAUUAUAACCGGUUUGAUGCUGUGCAAUCUGCACACCGGGCUGGCACACGAGGCUUCCUUCGGUAUGGCUGGCGCUGGAGUUGGAGGACUGCAAUGUUUGUGACUGUUUUCAACACAGUAAACACCAGUCUAACUGUGUAUCGAAAUAAAAGUGCACUAAGCCAUUUUGUCAUUGCAGGAGGUGUUACAGGAAGUCUGUUCAGAAUAAACUUAGGCUUGCGUGGCGUGGUAGCUGGUGGUAUAAUUGGAGCCUUGCUGGGCACUCCUAUAGGAAGCCUGUUAAUGGCACUUCAAAAGUACUAUGGUGAGACUAUCCAGGAGAGAAAAGUAAAAGAUCGAAAGGCACUCCAUGAGCUGAAACUGGAAGAGUGGAAAGCCAGACUACAAGUUACUGAGCGCCUCCCUGAGGAUAUUGAAAGUAGCUUACAAAACAAUCGAUCUAAGGAUGAUGUUAAGAAAAUUGAAGAACUGCUAAACCUUCCUAGAAACCUUUCGACAACAGAUACACAGGACAAGGACUGAAAAUGCUCCGGACUUGAGACUCAAUUGGACAGCGGACGGGAGCUAUAUUGCUGUACCCACUGAAUGUCGACAGUCAGGCCACUCUUUAGUGGCACUGACUUGCUCUUACCUUUUUUAAACCAUGAUUGGAGCUAUUAUUCUCUCACUUAUCCUUAAAUUUAAAUACAUACUUAUGUCUACAUUAAUCUGUCAGUCAGUCUUUUCCCUAGAUUUUAUGACAGUGAAUAAAACAUUUCCCCAAAAGAUUAAACAUUAAUUCAACCAGU